UUUUGGGACGACAAUGACGAUCUUCUCCACUGUUGGUGGAAACUUUGAAACAUUCAUCAUGGGCCAUACAAACACAUGUUUUGUCUAUGGAAAUGGCCUUUGUGGAGGCCUGCAAUUUCUGAGUGACUUUCUAGUUUUACCAAGUUUAUGCUUCCCUUCAUAUCAGUGCUGCAGUUAUUUUUUUUGUAUGCUGCAUUAAUGUUAAUAUAUCUUGCUUUCACUCAGGAGACAGAUCCAGAGUAGCUAUAGCACAGAGAUCUGAGGUUGAUGCUUUUGGUCUGUGUCAACAACGUUUGGGUCAAAGUUCAGCCUACUGGGCAAAGUUUCUAUCGUUUCUGUUACACUGAAGAAGGUUUCUCUCAAAAUCUGAACAGAAUGAGGAUGCUGAAGAGAGCUUCUGCACUCCUCCUGAGAAGAGGAAUCACAACUUAUCAAAGCAGAUUGUGCAGAAAUGACAGCCUCUUCAGAGUUCAUUCAUCUGUGUCUGAGGCGCUGGCAGAAAACAAACCAGUGAUUGCUCUGGAGAGUACUAUUAUCACACAUGGCAUGCCCUAUCCACACAACCUGAGCACAGCGAAGGAGGUGGAGGACAUUGUACGAUCUGAAGGAGCCACUCCAGCCACGGUUGGAGUGAUCGAUGGUGUCGUCCAUGUUGGUUUAUCGUCAGAGGAGCUCGACCACCUGGCCCGCUGCAAGAGCUCCAUGAAGGUGUCCCGCCGUGAUCUGCCCUACGUCGUCAGCAAAGGGCUCUCUGGGGGAACAACAGUGUCGGCCACGAUGAUAGCUGCACAUCGAGCUGGCAUCCCUGUGUUUGUCACAGGGGGCAUAGGAGGAGUUCACAGAGACGGAGAGAACAGUCUGGACAUCAGUGCAGAUCUGACAGAGCUCGGCAGGACUCCCAUUGCAGUCGUCUCUGCUGGUGUAAAAUCUAUUCUGGACAUCGGUCGCACCCUGGAGUACCUUGAGACACAGGGUGUCUGUGUAGCCACCUAUGGAGCGUCUAAGAACUUCCCAGCCUUCUUCUCUCCACAAAGCGGAUUCACUUCUCCUUUCCAUGUCUUCAACCCUGAGGAGGCUGCCAAACUUAUUGCGAGCACUCUGUCACUGGGUCUCCAAAGUGGCGUCCUGUUAGCCGUGCCCAUCCCAGAGAAGCAUGCAGCCGCCGGUAAGCUGAUAGAGGAGGCCGUUCAGGCUGCAGUCACAGAGGCAAGUGUUAAAGGUAUAACAGGAAGAGAUGUGACGCCGUUUAUUCUUCAAAAGGUCAACGAGCUGACUGAAGGAAAGUCCCUUCAGGCCAACAUUGCUCUCAUUCAUAACAAUGCUAAAGUUGGCAGUCAGAUAGCCUGCGCACUGUCACGACAAAUGUCUGAGAGAAAGUGCAGAGGAAACACCAAUCGUCAUGGAAAACACUCAGACUCAGAUAUAGUUGUCAUUGGAGGAAUAAACGUUGAUUUUAUUGCAAAAGGAAAAGCAGAAACACUUAUUUUUGGACAGACAAACCCAGGAAGUGUGUGUCAAUCAUUUGGUGGUGUAGGACGGAACAUCGCUGGUGUGUUUUUAUCUGAUUAUGUACAUGCACAUGUUUUCAUACGCACUGUGAAACCGAUUGUCCCACUCAUUUUCCUUCCAGACUCUCUGAGUCGAUUAGGCCGCAGCCCUCUGUUCAUCUCAGCUACUGGAGCUGAUUCACACAGCGAGGCAGUGCUACACUAUUGUAAACAUAUGAACACAAGUGGUGUGGCCAGGUUAGAAGAGCAGAGCACGGCUACGUACUGUGCUGUCAUCACUGCUAGUGGAGAACUGAGUCUAGGAUUGGGAGACAUGGACAUUCAUCAGCAGAUCACAGCGCAGUAUGUGUCACAGUUUGAGAAGCAGCUUUCCUCAGCCACUCUUGUGUGUCUGGAUGGAAACAUCCCUGUCUCCACCAUCGACUAUGUUUGUUCCAUUGCCAAAAAACACAACAUCAAUGUUUGGUAUGAGCCGACAGAUUCAGAUAAAGCCUGUAAGCCUUUCCUGUCCGACGCCUGGAAGUCCCUUUCCUAUUCAUCCCCAAACCUGGCCGAGCUGCGCACCAUGAACAAAACUCUGGGCCUCCCCACACCUGAAGUGCUGCCUAGCUCUGUGGAGGAGGUGCUGAGUGUUGCUGUGGCUCUCUCACGCCCCCUCCUGGAGCAUAUCCACUGUCUGGUGGUGACUCUGGGGGAGAGUGGGGUGCUGGUGUGUGGAGAGCAUGAAGCAGGCUCUGUCAACCUGCAGCCAAGGAAACAGAAGAAGAAGAGGAAGCUCUGUGCUGUCCACUACCCAGCGCUGACUGUGACGUCAGACGAGACCAUGAAUGUGUCAGGAGCAGGAGACAGUCUCGCAGGUGCUUUGAUGGCUGGGAUCCUCCAGCAGCGAGACACAGACAGCUGUGUUCGGAUGGGGCUCCUGGCUGCUCGCCUCUCUCUGGCGUCACCACAUCCUAUCGCCCCAACGCUCACCUUCGACUCUGUGGAUCCCAACAAAGUCAAGACUCAAGAAUGGCCAAAACCCAGCUUCAUGUGGAUUGAUUAAAAAUGUUAAACACCAUUUUAAAACCUAACUAGGGAAAAGUAGAAAAGUGGGUCUAAUAUGCAUUAGUUUUUCAAAUAUUUUUGUCAGUUUGAUAAUUUUAGGCCUUUUAGUGUGUGAUUGGAUUGUGAAGCGUGAUGUAUAAAGAUUCUACAUUAAAUCAUUUAAUGCACAUUUUAUAUGAUAUUUGAUAUUGGUCUAAAGACAAAUAACUUAAACACUCUUUCUUGAUUACAAAUCCUUGUGAAUAAAUUAUAAAAUGGUA